AUGAAGUUCGCCCCGAGCUGUGGCUGCGCCCGUGCCCGCUCCGGCCGCCGCCAGCCCGCGCUGCCGAUCCUCCUGCUGCCGCUGCUGCUGCUGCUGCUGCUGCUGCUGCCGCGGGCCGCCGCCGUCCCGCUGCCCUGGGCCGCAGACUCCUCGGGGGAGGCCGAUCCGGAGGAGGCGGCGGCGCGGCGGGCGGCGCUGCCCCACAGCCUGCGGCUGGCGCAGCUGCUGCGCGACCGGGCGGCUCAGCUGCAGCGAGAGAUGUGCGAGAAGUUCACCGUCUGCGAGAACAGCAUGGAAAUGCUCCUCCAGAACAACCUCAACCUCCCCAGAGUGACGGAGGAAGACGGGUGUCUGCACGCCGGAUUCGAUGAGGAUAAAUGCUUGAAAAAAAUCUCCAGCGGGCUUUAUACAUUUCAGACAUACCUCAAAUAUGUGCAAGAAACUUUUAUUAGUGAAAACCAAAACCUUGAAUCGCUAAGCUAUAGUACAGAGCACCUGGCACAUACCAUAAGACAAAUGGUGAUCAAUCCUGAAGAAGUGAUCAUCCCAGAUGCAGCUACCCAGGAAUCCCUCCGCACAAAGCUGAAGUCCAGUAAGACCUGGAUAGAGAAAAUCACCACCCACCUCAUCCUCCGAGACUUUACUUCAUUUAUGGAGAAAACAGUGAGGGCUGUGCGCUAUUUGAAAAAUACCAGGAGUUUCAGUGCCUAAAUGUUUUAGUUCAGGCACAAUCCUUUGUUACACAUCUGUCAUGUGGCAGACAAGAGUGUUGUUCUGUUUUAAGAACCAGAAAUAGUAACGAUGGUUUGCAUUUAUAUAUAUUCUUAUUUCCUUCUAGGAAGUUAUUUAUUGUAUUUAAAAUAUUUAUUAAUUUCUAAUGUUUCUUAUUUAUAUUUUCAAUAUUUAGGAAUAAUUUAAGCAAUUUUCUAAUGGUACUGUUCAGAAUAGCAACUUAUUUAAUAUGUACUCAACAAAAAAUAUUUUCAGAACCCAGAAAAAUUGUUGUAUACCUUAUGUUUUUAAACUAUUUGAAAGAUGCUAUUUAUGACUUAUUUAUAUUUUUAAAACAAAUAAAAGCUGAUUUUAAAAAAAGGCCUGUAUAACCCGUGUGAACUUUAAAUAAGACUAA